AGCACAAUGCUUUUGCGCAGGUCCGGCUUUGUGCGAGGCGGGCUGGCAGCGCUCCAUGGCCCGCCUCUUAUUCCAAGUCACAGCCUUCCGUUCGGUAAGACAAUGCAGACAGGCAGUUGGCAGUUGGCAGGCAGGCAGGCAGCUGGCAGGCACACAGCCAUUUGGGUAUGCACAGGUGUCGGAGCAUCGUCUCCAGUGCUGUUGACAAGAGAGAGUCUCAAACAGACGGGCGUGCGGUGCUUCGCCUCGGGUAAGUGAAAUCUGCCGAAAAGCGAUGUAUAAUGUUCUCUUGUUCUUGUGUGCGUGUUGCAGGCCCUGCUGCGGACACAAACACCGCCCAGCAGGUGAGAUGACCACAUGAGAGAUCCCAAAGUGCAAGCACGAGCACUUCUAGAUCUGUGUGUCUGUGUGGUGCAUGCAUGUCACUUGUCAGGUCGGUUCGUAUGCGGCCCAUGUGUCUGCGGGCAUCGCCAGCCGCGAGAGGACCACUCUGGCUGACAGCAUCACUUCACUGAGAAGGAAGAUCAAAGCACUGGAUGCCAAACUCACCACAACCACUGCAGAGGUACAUAGCGGAAGGGGUGCAACCAUGGAACGACCAGGGAGAGCCGGGUGUGUAUGUGUGUGUGUUGCAUUGCAGAUGGGUCAGAUCCACGAGGCUUUGGGAGCCCUGCGAGACAGCGUCCAAUCGCUCCACGCUCUCCGCGACAAACAGGUGGGCACGCAUGAACAGAGGGGGGUGCAUGUGGCCCCACACACACAUGCACACACAUAUCGUGUGUCUUUCUCGCAGCCUGAGGACCAUAGUGGGGCUCUUGACCAGCUGGAGACGACCGUCACUGCUCUCAAGCAGAAGGUGCAGGCCAACGAUAUGGACAUCAAGCAGGUGAGGAGCAACAUGCUGCCCGAUACAAGACCAUCAGUGUGUGUCUGUUGUUGCAGAUGGGUCAUAACCACGAGAUGCAGAUAGGUCAAAUGCGUGAGGAUCUCGACACUUUGAGAGACUGCAUGUACUCUUCACUCGAAAAGCAGGUAUGAGCACAUCGACGCGCACAUCCGCCACCACACAGACGCAUCCCUUUCUCGCAGCCCGAUGACCAGCGGGAGGUCCUCGAGCAGCUCAAGAUGGCCGUCUCGGCUCUGCAGCUCAAGGUCCAAGAGAAUGAGGCAGCCACCAAAGAGGUCAGCAAAUGUCCUCGUCGCUGGCCGCUAAAGACACCGGAAUACACCUCUUCUGUGUGCUUCCAUGCCGGUUUGUCUGUCUGUCAGGAGCUGGCCACUGUGCAGCGGUUGAAGGGCAUAGCAGCGUCGACGGAGAGGCUGCUCGACGAUGCCUGGGUCUCUGGCUGUGUUGCCCUUUACAGUGCGGUUGUCUUGGGUAUUGCCGGAUUCUUGGGGCAGCUGAGUCAGAGCCAGAAGACCAAGGCGCCUACGCAAGGGGCCAGCAGUGGUUUCCGCCCGUCCGACGUUGCCUCGACAGCUCAGCUAUUGGACCUACUCGCCCUGACAGGAAAGACAGUCAAGGAAAUCAGACACCUCUACAAGUGUGUCGGUGGGGGGACUGGGCGUGAAAGGAGUGCACACUCUUUAUUUACACACAUCCAUUCUCUCCCUGUGUGUGUAUGGUAUGUGUGAAUCCUAUCGAUCGAUCAGCUCGACCGAGCACGGCUCUGAGUAAUCAGAACGAAUGACGUCACCUGUAUGUCGCAACCACCCCGUGUGUGUGUGUGUGUGUGUGUCCAAUCAGUUACUACACCUUCUUGCAGCGUGUCGAGAGCGCCAGCAACCUGCUGCUGCUCAUCCGCAGCGGCCCCUUUGCAUUUGCAUACUUCAUCGACGGCACCAUCCCCUUCCCCCAUCCCGCCACACGCCUCACUGUCGGCCGCCCUCUGCGAGUCUUCUCUGUGAGCGGCCAUGGCAAGAAACCUACGGAGUUCAGCGGCCAAGGGCCUGCAGAGGUGGUGCUGGUGGGAAAGAAGCUGCGUCAGGGGCACAGGAUCAAGAUCGACCACAAGGGCUUCCUUGCCCUCGGUGCUUUUGGAAGCCCUGACAUCCGGGAGUGCUGCCAGCUCAUCUACAGAGAUAGCCUGCCCAAGGGGUACUGCAGUGCGAUGUGCGGCGGGAAGCACUACUUCACGGCAGAUGUGGUGGAGGCCUUCACACUCGUGGAGCGGGGCAAGUGAAGUAGACUGACUGGAUGGCAUGGAAUGGGGGGAUAUGAGUGUUG